UUAUACACAGUGAUUUUUCUGGCAAGCCUGGUGCUCAACAGCAUUACAAUAUAUGUGUACUUUUGUAAAUCUAUAAAUCAGUCCAGCAUCACAAUCUGUCUGAAGAAUCUGGCUAUAGCAGACUUGUUUGUGUGCCUGUGUUUUUUUUUGAUAUUACGCAUUGCUAAUAUGGCUAGCACGUCAAUGGAAAUUCAGCGUAUCUACUGUAACUUUGGUGCUCCCACUUUCUCUACCCUGAACAUGUACUCCAGUAUUCUCUUCAUGGGCUACAUCGCUGCAAACAGGUACAUGAAGAUCGCACGACCACUGGAGACCCACAUGCUGCAAUCAGUCCGUUCGACCCGCUACAUCUGCAUUGUGACCUGGGCUGUCCUGUUGUGCUUUAGUUGUGCCUACAUUGCUGCGUUUGUCAGUGCUGAUAAACAAACCUUUGCCAACAGUGGAUUUGACUGUGACCGCUUUCAUAACAACUUAGUCAAACAGAUCUACUUGGCCUUGACGAUCACUUCCUUUUCAAUGUUUUUGUUUGUGCUGGUAUCCCUGAUUGUGUUUUACUGGCUGAACAUACAGAAGCUUCGUCAAGCACAGCACACAAUGCCGGAUCAGCCUGGUAACACUAAGCUCAGCAAGUCAAAGCGCAACAUGCAAGUUUUGGUGGUGAUUUUCUGCGUGUGUUUUGUGCCGUAUCAUCUGGUGAGACUGCCAUACGUGGUCAUCAAACCCCUGCUGCACGAGUGCACAGCAGAGCAGGUUUUCUACAUCCUAAAGGAGCUGACCAUCCUGCUCGCAAUACUAAAUGCCUGUUUGGAUCCACUUAUCUACUUUGUCUUUUGCAAGACCUUCAGAGCACAGCUUAACCUUCAAAGAUUUUGCAGAUCGAAAUGAGAUAUAAAGCUCUGGGUUAAAAGUAAAUAUUAAGUUGAAUUACUGGGAUUCUCAUAUCAUUUGCUCACCCUCAUGUUGUUCCAAACCUGUAUGUGUUUUUCUUUCUUCUUUCAAACUCAAAAGAAGCUGUUUUGAAGGAUGUGUGUAACCAAACAGUUUAUUGUAGCCACUGCCUUCCAUUUAUGGAAGACAAAAAUACUAUUAAAGUCAAUGGGGACCAGUAACUGUUUGGUUACCCACAUUCUUCAAAUAUCUUCUUCUGUGUUCAGAAGAAAAGGAAACUCAUACAGGUUUGCAACAACUUGAGGGCGAGUAAAUGACAGAAUUUAAUUUUUUUGAGUGAACUAUCCCUUUUAAGGGGAUAUAUAAUCCUGCUCUAUUACUGUCAUUACUGUCUCAACACUCAGCAUGGGGUGAGAGAGGAGACCAGCUUAAACUGUGCUUAACAAACAUAACAUCCAUAUUUAAAUCUGCUUUGACCCCCCACUAAAUCCUCAAAUGGGCGACUGCAGGGAAUGUCUGACAGAGCUAAUAAUAAUAAAUUAGGAAAACCUUUCAAACAACUGGUAAAUGUUGGUAAAUGUUAUCAGAUGUUUAUUUUGUAAAUGUUCACAUGUUCUUUUUACUGUAAUUUAUUUUAUUGGAUUUGAAUUUAUUUGUAAAAAUUGCAAAGCAUUUAAAUUUAAAGUUACUUUAUAGUGUUUACAGCAAACAGUAGCUAAUUUACAUAAGCGUUUGGAACUUUAAAGAGCAGGUCAUAUGGUAUUUUAAAGUCUCCUAAUAUUGUGUUGAAGUCCCCCACAACAGGUUUAAAUGCAUCUAAGGUCAGAAAACAUUAAUAUUAAAUGUAUUUUCUGAGAAAAUUUCAGAGUCAUUUGCCAAUGAUU